GCACAGCUAUUUUUAUUCAGCUCAACCAUUUCGUACAAUUCAGGGUGAGAGAGACUCGCCUCUGCGUUGGUAAUUGAAUUUCCUGCACCAUUUAGCGGCGCUUUGUGUCUCGUGUCGGAAGUCGACAAAAUCCAUUGGUAGCCACAUACUUCUUAAAUAAAAUUAUUCAACGUGUAAAAUGGAACAAAAGCAAUUGAAUUUUCUACGCAUUUCCUUUGCCGCUUUAAGUUUCCUUUUGUAUUUAAAAGCUGCAACUGCAACAGUGCCGACAGGCGUCAAGCUGAGGCAACGAACUCAUGCGUUUGCAACGUGGAACGCGAAACUCCAACCACCGCAGGAGCUGCGCCGGCUGCCUUCAAACGCUUUAUUAACACCAAUCGACCAGCUGGCUGAGUCUCCUUUGCGCCAUACUCAUGCGCGUCUCACGCGUGCCGCUAACGAUGGUGAAGAAGGUGUUGAUGACGAUAAUUACGAUUAUAAUAACGAUUACAAUGGCGACAUUCUACCCUGGAACGAGCAACAGCUCGCGGUUUCGCGCCGCGAUGGCAAUGAGGUUGAAGGCGGUGUGGAUUUCCAAUGGAUCAGCGAUAGUUUUGGACCAAUGUGGGAAUCUUUGAUUGAAUUGCUGAAGCAACUCGUUAAUGCUGUGUGGCAAUUUUUCACGGCAGACGAGAAUGAUGAUGAAGGUAGUGAUGAGAAUGGGGAUGGAACUAUGUAGCGAAUAGCAGCUAUGUAUGCACGUAGGUGCCGCUAUUCGCAAGCUAAUGACCCUGGAAUGGAAAGUUUUGUGCGUGGGACAGCAUCGCCAAUGAGUAAUGGCGGUAUUUUGAGUUGAUUUUAAUCCUUUAAUUAGUUUAAGCUCCAUGGCGUAUACUUGUAAACUUUUAGUACUUUGAGAUGAUUAUCAGUGAAUUUUUGAAUUAUUGGAGUUGGUUGCUACGCAGAGGCGGAAAAGUUUGUGAGGUUGAAUUUGUGUAAACGAGUUUUGUGUUGUAAAUUUGUAUUGAAAUAAAAAUAAAAAUGGAAAUACAAUAAAAUUA